UGGGCCGACUGAGCCGGGGCCCGGAGGGGGCGAGGAGGCGCGCGCUACAAGUGGAGGACCGACCGGGGGCCCCGGAGCGGAGCCAGAUGGCCUCCUUAAACAGCUUGAGCCCUGAAGACAUGUCACAUCUGGAAGAAGGCAGCAGGCAUUUACGAAGGACGAGGAGGAACAAAGGCAGCGAAGGCCCCGAGAAUCCAAGUGCAGCCAGGAACAAGAAAAAAGGAAAGAAGGUUGGACCACCAGGACCCUCUGGACCACUAGGCCCUGCUGGCCCACCUGGACCUCCCGGGCCUCCAGGCCCUCCUGGAAUACCAGGCAUCCCUGGAAUCCCAGGAUCAAAUGCAAUGGGCCCUCCAGGACCCCCUGGACUACCAGGUCCCCAAGGGCCACCAGGAAAUCAAGGACCCACUGGUCCUACAGAGAAGGCCACCCCUAAAGAGACUCCGCCCGCCGUUGUCCAUCUGCAGGGUCAAGGCUCAGCGAUACAAGUGAAGAAUGGUGGAAUCCUUCAUGACUGGUCGUGGACGGCCAUCAAUCACAGGGUGUUCAAGCUGCACACUCGCAGCGGGGAACUGGAGGUGCUGAUGGAUGGUACCUACCUCAUCUAUAGUCAGGUAGAAGUUUACUACAUCAACUUCCCGGAUUUUGCCAGCUACGAGGUGGUGGUGGACGAGAAGCCGUUCCUGCAGUGUACGCGGAGCAUAGAGCCGGGCAAAACCAACUUCAACACUUGCUACACGGCCGGAGUUUGCCUUUUAAAAGCCAAACAGAAGAUCGCAGUGAAGAUGGUUCACGCCGACAUCUCCAUCAAUAUGAGCAGACAUACGACGUUCUUUGGUGCGAUACGAUUGGGCGAAGGCUCAUAAAGCUCCUCCCAUGGAGAGUGGGUAAAAACUUUACAGGUCCAUACAGUGUUAUUAGCCCUUUGGAUUGGACAGACAUCCUCCUCCCUUUCCCACCUAAUAUUGCGGAAAGAUGGAGGAAUGCCGCCUCGGGGGUUUGCCGUCGUGGACAUGAAGAAUCAGCU